AAAGAACAGUUCUCUCUCGCUCGUUUUGGCACUCCCAACCCACCGUCUACACCAUGAGGAUUUCCCUGGCUGUCUUGGUCACUUCGGCUCUGCUGGGUCCCUGCCACAGCCUGGACUGGCCCAUACACACAGCGUGCAAGGAGGACGGUUUGGAAGUUCUCUACCAGAGCUGCGAUCCUUUCCAAGAUUUUGGCCUUUCUAUCGACCACUGUUCGAAACAACUGGGAUCCUAUCUAAAUGUGAGAUUUGCAAUUAUUUUAAGACGUGACAUCCAGGAACUGUUCAUUGACAUUAAUUUCUUCUCCAAGGGAGCAUCCAUCUUAUCUUAUUCACUCCCAGUGUGUGAACUGGAUUUCCCGCAGUUUACUUUCUGUGGAAGAAGAAAAGGAGAACAGAUCUACUUCAAUGGGCCGAUAAAUAUUCCUUCCAUACCAGUUAUCCAGGGAGAAUACCAUGUUUCAGUGACACUCUUCAAUGGACAGCAGAACAGCAUUGCUUGUGCCAACUUCACUGUAAUCAGCCUAUGACUUCUUUUCCUGCAAUUCCACUGCACCCACGUUCUGUGUCAUGAGAACUGCAGUCUGGGGCCAGAAAAAAAACAUUAUCCCUGAAUGAGAAGGAUCAUAAGACCAAUUUUCCCUGGAGAGUUCAGGGGCUGAGAAACUCCAAAAGCUGAUGUAGACCGUAAGCUCCUUGAAGGACAGGGCACUCAGUUUGGAAUGUACUUUCUCAAAUACUUAGUAGGAUGCUCUGCAUACAGUAAGCGCUCAAUAAAUAGCAUUGAUUGAUUGAUAGCUUUAGACCCCCCCCCCGAUGGAACGAAAUGAUCUGUUUUUUUAAUGAGUCUAUCACUGCUAGCCAAGCAUUUGCUGGAAUUCAUUUUCUGUUCCUUAACUGAUCGUCACAGAUGAUAUUUUUAUCCUAUUCAACCCAUUAGGGGUCAUUUCCCAAGUCCUAAAUCUUCAGUGACGGUAAGCACCACAGAUCACCACUGUACCUUCAGAGUUAAGUAUUUGCCUUUGAAACAGUCCUUAUGCCUGCUGCUAGAGCAGUGUUCCUGACUAAUUAAGAAAUUAGACAUUGCUGCCCCACCAGGCCAACUGUUCUAGGAAAAUCCUGACCAUAUGUUCGCAGGAUUUCCCUAGAAUGCAGCAGGAUAAGAAUCUGAUUUCGUGCCAUCCAGCAUUAAAUUUGAAAUGAAAAUUUGAAGGAAUUGGCAAAAGUUUUAGUGGAAAAUGUUGCAUUCCGUUCUAAAGAGUAUCUUUGGGGAGUCGUUUAUGUUUUUCUUUUUAAAUUUGGGAAGCAUUAGAAAUUUGGCUCUCUCUCUCUCUCUUUCCCCCUCAAUCUCUAUUGCCAGCUAUAUAUAGCUUUAGAGAUAUAUAUAGCCAUAUAGCUCGUGAAGCUGGGCUUAUAUAUGCACCCACCGCUUCCAUUUGUUCUCACUCGGCCUAUCACAUAAAGAGACAACUUCUCCUCACCCUCAAUUUAAUCUCCAGGACUGUUUGACUUCUAUUGCCCUCACUGAGACGUGAGGUUUUGUUUCAGCCUCCUGUCAAUUCCUAUCUAACACCAGAGAUGAUAAAACUCACUGCCAAUUGACCAUCUGUCUUCGGUCUUCUAAUAAUAGUAAUAAUAAUAAUAACGGUAUUUGUUAAAUGGUUACUAUGUGCCAAGCAGUGUUCUAAGC